AUGCCCGAACCAGAAGUAGAAUCUGACAAUGAAACCGAAAUCGAAUCUUCCUGUCGGACGCCUAGCGGAGGCAGUGGCCAGUGUGUUUCGGUGUACAACUGUCCAGUUCUGUUGGCCCUGAUUAACAAGAAGGAUAGAACGAGUCAGGACAUCGAACUGCUGCAGAAGUCACAAUGCGGUUACAUUGGUACUGCACCAGCUGUGUGCUGUCCGAACAACCCUCCGAAGCCAUCUGGUAACUGCUACACCCCUGAAGGUGCGGUGGGGCAAUGUAUCAGCUUGUACUCGUGCGCACAUCUAGCGAACUUACUCAAACCACCAGUGCCGAGUGAGAGUAUUGCCUAUGUGCAGAAAUCAAGGUGCGAUGGUCCCGAACAGUACAGCGUCUGCUGUGGUCCGCCUCCGAAAAAAGACCCUACACCGAUACCUACCGGUAGCUGUGCGGCCCAGAUGACCGCAUUCCCUCCAGAUCCAAAGAGUGAAUGUUGCGGUGUCGAUAGCAGAGUUGGAAAUAAAAUUGUUGGUGGUAACGCUACAACAGUUGACCAGUACCCAUGGCUGGUGAUAAUCGAGUACGUGAAGCAGGGCGUGACUAAACUACUCUGUGGUGGAGCUCUCAUCAGUGGACGUUAUGUGUUGACUGCUGGACACUGUGUCGCUGGUCAAGUUCUAAACAUCGGCACGCCACGACGAGUACGUUUAGGAGAAUAUGACAUAGCUCAUGACGGCAAGGACUGCGCGCCUGUAGAGGCUGGUGGCGAAGACUGCACAGAUGGAGUAAUUAAAGUUGAUAUUGAGAAGACCAUUCCUCACCCUCAGUACAACCCUGCUAGUGCUUUGAAGAGGAAUGAUAUCGCUCUGAUCAGACUGGCACAGACAGCGCCGUUUACCGAUUUUAUCCGGCCGAUCUGUCUCCCGACUAAGGACAUGACAUUGCCUCAGAACCGCCCUAUCAACUUCACACUGUUCGCUGCUGGUUGGGGAGCAGUUAGUACAAGACAGUCCUAUAGUGCUGUUAAGCUCCACGUAGAUCUGCCUUUCGUUACACCGGAGGAAUGUCAACCAGUAUACUCGCAACCAGGCCGCAGUGUCACUCUAUGGAACGCUCAGCUUUGUGCCGGCGGCCAACCAGGCAAGGACUCCUGCAAGGGUGACUCCGGAGGCCCACUAAUGUACGAAAAUGGCCGCACGUACGAAGUGACAGGAGUCGUCAGUUUUGGACCAGUGCCUUGCGGUAUGGACGGAGUUCCUGGCGUCUACAGUAAAGUUUACGAAUACCUCGAUUGGAUUAGAAGCACAAUUGUCCCUUAGAUUGAGUUCCCAAUUCAAAUGGCCUAAUUUGAUCGGUCAGUUAAAAACCUGCGACCUGAUCUUUUGAAGUACAAGUGGACCUUUGGUUGACACAGAGGAACCCGUAAUUUUUUAAGUGUUAAGUUCAAUGUAUGUUUCGUCCAAUCGAAUUAGGUCGCUACUAACGACAUCUAUGAUCGUUGAACUAAAGACUUCUCCCAUGACACAUCUUAGUAAUCGGAUGAGCAAUUAAUUUAUAAAAAAAAAUACCAAACGAUUAAUAUGAAAUGAUUGACAUGAUCCAAUGUAC